CGGUAGACACGCUGUUGUUCACCCAGAGACUGCCCCGGGUUUGGCCUCCCCCAGCCUCGGAGUUUGGACUGAGCAAAGAGUGCGCGGGGUGCGCUGGUUUGGGCCAGGAAAAGGUGGGUCUGGCAGGAGAGCAGGACUGAGCAGUCAUAGGUGGGUGGGGAUCUAGUGGCAGGAAGGCCCGGGCACGGCCACUUCCCUUCUGCCCGGGCCCCUUUGCAUUCUCGGAACGGGCUGCGCGGUUCUGUAGCCCCUCCACGAUCCGGGGAAUCCUCUCCUCAAACCUGUCCUUGUCCACAGGCCCGAUGAGCUUGCUGGAGGAUCGAUAGGAGGGAGCAAUAAACUAGAAUUGGAGAACCCAGGAGGGCUUCUCUGAGGAGGUGCACGUUCAGGAUCCCCACAGAUGGAGAAAUGGGAAGGAACUUGAUCGGGGUGAAGGAACCGCUUGAGCAAAGGCAGGGAGGCCUGAAGGCACCCUUCAUUCUGGAAACUCCUCCUUGCUUUCGGGAGUCAGUCUCUUGGGUCCCCCAUCAUGGUCCCUCAUCCCCUUACAGUCCAGGGUCUGAGGGUCUCCGUGGUCCCCUCCCUACUCAGUCACGCCCUUCUUUCGAAAUGUACACGUGACCGCGGCACUUCUUAAGGAGCGCCCCCCUUUGCCUCUGUGGCUUUCAGUUUCCUCACCUCCCGCGGAGACCACGGCCAUGGUCAUUUAUCCACUUGACAAACAUUUCACGAGCGCCUGCCGGUCCGAGCGAUGAGGACACCGCACUCCCGGGCCUAUGGUGCAGCAGGGGACGCAGGCGGGUCACCGGGAGGUCCCAAGACAUAAGGAGCCCUGCCAGGCCAGAGGCGACCAACCGUCGUGGAUACGGGAGCUCUCGGCCAGCCCGACUUCCCGGAGGAGGCGGUGUGGGGACCACCUCCGACCGCCUUUUGUGCCCCCUGAGACCUGGCUCUGGCCUCUACGUUUCAGCCCGCUACGGGCUCGCAUGACCCAGCGCCACCGGGGUCCCUUCUCAGCGCCUUUGCUCCAGCGACCAUCACGUUCCCGGGUCCGCGCAGCCAACAUCGUGGUCACCGCUUCUCUUACACCUCAGGCGGAGAACCCCCAACGCGGCAUGUCCCUCGUGCGACCCCGUCGCCACGCCACGCCCCCUUCCCGUUCUCCGGAAGUGCGCGGGCAGGAGCGGAAGCGCACGCCUGCUAGGGUUGGCGGCGGUGAUUCCGCGAUGGUAGGCGGCGGCGGGGUCGGCGGGGUCGGCGGCGGCGGCCUCCUGGAGAAUGCCAACCCCCUCAUCUACCAGCGCUCUGGGGAGCGGCCUGUGACGGCGGGCGAGGAGGACGAGCAGGUUCCCGACAGCAUCGAUGCACGCGAGAUCUUCGAUCUGAUUCGCUCCAUCAAUGACCCGGAGCAUCCACUGACGCUAGAGGAGUUGAAUGUAGUAGAGCAGGUGCGGGUUCAGGUUAGCGACCCCGAGAGUACAGUGGCUGUGGCCUUCACACCAACCAUUCCGCACUGCAGCAUGGCCACCCUUAUUGGCCUGUCCAUCAAGGUCAAGCUUCUGCGCUCUCUUCCUCAGCGUUUCAAGAUGGACGUGCACAUUACUCCGGGGACCCAUGCCUCAGAGCAUGCAGUGAACAAGCAGCUUGCAGAUAAGGAGCGGGUGGCAGCUGCCUUGGAGAACACCCAUCUCCUGGAGGUUGUGAAUCAGUGCCUGUCAGCCCGCCCCUGAGCCUGGCCUUUGGCCCCUCAACCUGCAUACUGGUGUCCUGGUCCCAGCUCCUGCCAGGGCUCUUACCCUUGUUUUCUUGAAUCACUCACAAUGAGAAACUAACAUUUUGGUUUUUGUAAUAAAGUUAAUUUAUAUUCAGUUCCCA